UCCUGUGACAGAUGUGGCGUGGGUCACGCACGCUGUUCCAGCACUCGGCACUCCUUGCGGGAGUGGGCGGCCACCAGCAGCCCCGGGAGCGGAGCGCUGACAGCCCCGCGGUCCGUGGCGGGGGCAGGGGUGUGCGGGGCCCGCGCUGUUCGCUGCCUGCGGCGCCGCCCUCCCCGUGCCCGCCCCGCCGGGGCCGCCCCGCGGCAGACGGAGGGAGGGAGGACGGGCGCGGCCGGAGCGGCAGCCGGCGAGCCCCGGGCGGGCGGUGCGGGAGCAUGGCCCCGGCGGGGCGGCUGUGCUGUGCCGCGCUGCUCUGCGGCGCACUCAGCCUCUGCAGCCUGCGGGCCGCGCCGCGGCAGCCCGACACCCUCUACAUGUGGAUCGACGCCCAGCAAGCGCGGGUCCUCAUCGGCUUCGAGGAGGAUAUUCUGAUCGUGUCCGAAGGGAAGAUGGCCCCGUUCACCCACGACUUCAGGAAAGCCCAGCAGAGGAUGCCCGCCAUCCCCGUCGGCAUCCACGCCAUGAACUUCACCUGGCAGGCAACAGGACGGCGUGCCGGGACGGCCCUGGGUGCGGGCCGUCGUGCCCCUCGCCGGCCCCGCUGGGCAUCGCCUCCAUCCCAGCGGGGCGCCGGGGCGCGGGCGGGCUCGGGGAGCAGCGAGAAACCGACCGGAUGGCUGGGAAAGUGCGCUGGAUAUGGGGUUGUAAGGUGCGUGGGAGAGCCGGGUGUCUCGGGCCCUGGAGAACCUGCAGGCUGGUGA